AUGCCGCAACUUGCUUUUGACAAUUCAGCCUACGAGGUCCAAAACAAACUGACUGGGCCUCUCAUGCUACCAAAAGAGGUUGCCAGCUCGUUGAGCACACAAUGGCCUUGUCGUGAUGUUCAAAUGCGGCAGCUAGCCAGUCUUUUAAGUCCUCAUGUCCCUAGUCCUCCAACAGUGGUCGUCCAUGGCAUCUCUGCGACCUGCAAAUCGACUAUUCUCCGGGCCGUUCUCGCUACACUCGAAGUGCCGCAUGCCAUUGUUAGGAGCUCGGAAUGUAUCACGGGGCGGCAUCUCCUGACGAAAAUCCUAUGGAAUACACUGGAGGCACUUGGUCAGAAGGAGGAAUGGGAGAAAGCUGGCAAGGGAAGAUGCGAGCACGUUAGUGGUCUUGCAGUCUUGCUUGAGGAGUGCCUGGCAGCGAGGCCCGUUGAGGACCAAAGCAAAUUCGUGCUGGUACUGGAUGAGAUAGAUAGGCAAAGAGAGGCGCCGCAUACUCUGCUGUCGGCGCUGGCACGGCUGGGUGAGAUCAUUCCGUCUCUGUGUGUUGUUCUGGUCCUCAGCUCGACUCCACGUCCAUUGUUCCUCCAAAGUGCGGCGGUUCCGCACGUCAGUUUCCCUCCCUAUACCCGCAAGGAGGCCAUCCACAUCAUUCUUAGUUCGAAUGCGCCUGUCGUUGACGGGUUGCCCGAUGAAACCUCCUCACGGGUAUAUCCGUACUUUGUAUCUACAGUCUACGAUUCAUUGGUCGGACCAACAGCAGGUUCUAUACCGGACUUCAGAUCCAUAUGUGAGAGACUUUGGCCUCGGUUUGUUGCGCCUGUAGUAAAUGGCGAGACACCCCCAGGCGGAAACAAUGAGUGGGAUUUCUCGCGGCUGCUUGUCAAGAACAGAGCUAUCUUCCGACACCAGGGCGAGUCUGCGCUAGUGCACCGCAUCGUCCCCGAUGAGUCUCCCGCCAACGCGAAACGGGCCCCGCUGGCAAAGACUGCUAUGCCUUCCGCGCUCCCUUCUCUGCCAUAUUUCUCGACCCUGAUCCUCACUUCCGCAUAUCUGGCCUCACACACGCCUCAACGACUGGACACAAUCUUCUUCUCCAAGUUCUCCUCGUCAUCCCUUUCGGCCCGGAACAAGCGUGCCCACCACCGCCGGCGUUUGAAAGUCCUCUCCCAAGCCCAAGCCGAAGAGAGACAAGCCGCAAACCACGACCCUUCCACCCCCAAUAAGAAAGGAAAGCGAACAAAAACCCGUAUCACAAAAUCAACACUCUCCUCAGCCUUCGCGACCUCCUCGGCCACCACGUCAGCUAUUGGAGGUGGCGCAGGUAUCGCCGGUCCCUCUACCAUUCUCACUGCUCGUUCCUUCCCCCUAGAACCAACCCCACUUCGCGUUGCCGCCGUCGCAGACCGUAUCUACGCCGAGCUGGCAACACUGCGACGUCUGCGGCUUGUCGUCCCCGCUGCUAGCCACAACGCUAUGGCGACUAGCAGUGGAAAUACUACUGCUGACGCGGGAGAUAAGUGGUGUGUCAAUGUUUCUGGUGACUGGGUCGGUGAGCUGGCUAAGGGUAUUGGUGUCGAGGUUGGUGAGUGGUUGGCUGGUGGUCUGGACUGA